UUGAAAUGCGCCUCUUGCGUCAUGUGUCAUGUCAGACGCGCGAGCCGCUCCUGACAGCUCGCUCUUGCCCUUCAGAUUAGCGCGGCGGCGCAGUGAAUGACUUCAGCUCCAUCGAUCUGUUGAGCGAAGACCAGCGUUUAAUGGCUACCGCUUUGCUGAGGAGAAGUGCGUCUUCCACUCCAGCUCCCCAGGAGUCGUAUAACACGCCUCUCACGCUGGCCGAGGCAGCGCAAGGAGACGUGUUUAGACCUCAGGAGCGUCUCACGGGGAGGAGCAGAUUUAAUGGCACCCCACCAGCUCAGCACACUCUGAUGGACAAAUACAUGCCACCUCAGUUCCAGACCAUGCCAGAGCAUAAGAAGUUUAAUCAGAAUGGUGUCAUGACCAUGGACCACGGUUCACCUUACAGCAUCAACAUGAAUGUCUUCCUGCCCGACGUCCCGUACAUGCGUACCGGUCUCUGUCGACCUGCAAGGCCCACACUGGCACCCCAAAUGAAACCAGAACCCAUGCAUACACUCAGCUACCCGAGCUGCCACAGCACCGUCCCGUCAGCUCCUCCACCCUCAGAAUACACACACCACUUCAGCCCAGCCAGCGGAACGUGCAGCUCUGCGUUCAUCAAGCAGGAGACUCCAGAGUUUGACUACCAAGACGUUCCUCUGUUCCAACUUCUGAAUUCAGACCUAGACUCUGUAGUCUCUGGUCCCCACUCUGGCGUUUGCUCAUCCAUGUCAUCAUACAACAGCAUGAAUUCAUCCAUUACUCCGAUUGCAAGAAGACCCAUGUGUGAUAUGGGCAGUUGUGGGUCUUCACCUGCCGGUCACUUUGGUCGGCAUCAUCAGAAGCCGAAUGUGCCGUACCUUCCCCCCUCCCCUCCAAACUCCGAGCCCAGCAGUCCUGACAGGAGAAAAGAACUCUUACACAAGCUGUCACCUCCUCCCUCUUACGCUGCCAGUAUUGCAUCUAAACUGGUAGGGCCGGCUUUAGGCCCUCAAGCAGCCGUACCAGUACAAACACAAGCCGUGCCUGCCAGGCACAACCGCAGGAACAAUCCUGAUCUAGACAAGAGGAGGAUACAUCACUGCAAUGUCCCAGGUUGUAAGAAAGUCUACACCAAGUCCUCCCAUCUGAAAGCACACUUACGGACUCACACAGGAGAGAAGCCGUACCAGUGCUCCUGGGAGGGCUGUGACUGGCGCUUCGCCCGCUCCGAUGAGCUGACGCGCCACUUCAGGAAGCACACGGGUGCUAAACCCUUUCACUGUUCGGUGUGCAGCCGCAGCUUCUCACGCUCUGAUCACCUGGCCCUGCACAUGAAGAGACACCAGAGCUAGAACCAUAAUGCCACGCUGGCUUUCAUAACGUCCUCUCUUUCUGUCAGUAGAACUUGGGUGUGUUGGGUUUGCUUUGGUUUUGGCAGCUCAUGAGGCACAAGUAUUAAACUGUGUUGGCACUAGACCUGUAACCCUGUGGAACGCAGCCACUACGUGAUGAGAACUUAGCUGGGAGGUUUUUUUCCAUCAGCUGUUUUUUUUUAUUAGUAGUACUAGUAGUAUUUUUUUCAUAAAAAUGUGCCUUUUCCAUAUUUUGAAACAUAAAAAUCACUUUUAAUGCGAAUAUAUUCUUAAAUGCUUUGCACCUUACGGUUAAUUUCACAUUUGUCAAAGUGAAAUUGAAAGAUAAACGUGUUUGGAAAACCCCGCUUCGUUAAUAACAGCCAUUUUCAAAGAACAAGUUGAUGAUAAAGUGUUUCAGAAAUUCUUGUGUGAAGCACUGAAUAAACAAACAAUCGAAAUCAAAUCUGAAAUACCAAAGAUAGAAGUUUCUCCCAAUUAUUCCUGUCCAUCUGUCACAGCUAAAUGAUUCGAACCAUUUUUAGGCGGGGUUUUGUUUUUGUAGGGGAAGAUUUUAUUCUUAAAGUACAUUACAGAAACUGAAAUCAUUUAUAUGAGAUUUUAAAUAUUUUAUUUGGAACAUUAAUAGCUUUAUGUGUAAAUAUUGUAAUUCAUUUACUCUAUUAUUUAUUUUUUUUCAGAUGAAUUUUUUUACUGUAUAAAGUACUUCUCUAUGCACAUAUGUGAAUAGAGCUACGGGAAUGAUGGUUUUAAUGAUUAAAAGAAAUCUUUUAGAUAAGUUAAGAACUACAUGAUAGUUUUUGGAUAACAGCUAUAGCAGAUAACACUUCAUUUUGUACAUGUCAGGCUUACAGUGCUUUGUAUCUACUGUAUGGUAACAUUUAUGUUUUCAAGUAUUCUGCCUGUUCUCCUAGUGACAAUAUAAUAAUGACAGCAGAGAUCAUAUAAUGAAUUCCGAUGAAGGACCGUAACAUCUAAUGGCUUUUCUAUGGUUCACAUCAAGACCUAACUUCAUAAACUCAAUUUGUGUCUACAUUAAAAGCAAAAGCUUUAAAAUACA